AAUAUCAGCAAUUUUAAAACAUCUUUUUUAACUGUGUCAUCCAAAAUAUACUUUGAAUAUAUGAGCAAACUAUUAAGCAAAAUACAUAAAAAUUGAAAACCAACGUGUUUCCUUAGAGCGGAAAGAAACUGUGUGUGUGCAAGGUGAGUGCGAAAGGCAACCAUUGGAAGUAUUCAUGGUCCUUCGCAGCCAACCGUGGCCCAGCUCCUAAAGAAAAAAAAAAAGAGAAAAAUUUUAGAACUUAAAAAUAAAUUAAUAAAACCUACAAAAAAAAAUCGGUUCUCGUACGUCCGCAAAAAAAACAAACAUAUAAAAGCAAUUUUAAGAGUGGAAAAAAGAUACAAACAAAAGUGCACGUAUAUACAUACAUAUACAUAUACGCAAAAAAAAAAAAACACAAGAAACGUGAAAAAUAAAAAUUGUUAAAUUAACAAAACAUAUACAUUUUUUGGAAAAAGAAGUGCGCAAACAAGCGUUCGAAGUGCUACACACAAGUGAACAUAUUCACAAAAGUGCAAACAAUUUGAAAAAAACGUAAUUUUGUUGCGCAAAAUUUCAAAAAUUUAUAUACGCAACAACAACUAAAAGAAGAAGCAAAGCGCAAUCAGCAGCCAUCAACCAACCAAACCAUCAGCCAACAUUGGAGCGACAUCACCAGCAUCAACAUAAGCGGUAACAACAACACCAGCACAAGAAGACCCCGGCGCAAAAAGGACUUAAACACAUUCAUCGCUACAUAAAUCAAGGAAAGUAAUCGAAGACAUCAUGGCAGCACGGAAGGCAUGCCCCCUGGCUCCAACGGCAGAGACAGACAACUGCCUACAAUGCCGGCUCUGCCACCGUUACCACGCAUUGCGGACGUGCCCGGCCUUCAAGGCGAUGAAGCCGCCGCAACGGUUGGGAAUAGCCCGCGCGCAAGGCUACUGCGUCAACUGCCUUGCGCUCACCCACACUACCGGGGAAUGCGACUCGCCGGGUAGUUGCAAGACCUGCGGGCUAGCGCACCACACGCUGCUGCAUGUGGCAGCCAACACGCAUGCGCGCACGGGGCCAAGGGAACAGGGGCCCAAGAAGAGGAAACCGGCCACAAAGGCCCCAAGGAGCGUCAAGCGGCGCGCACCGCCGAAGAAAAAGGCGCUGAAGAAGGCGCAGAAGAACCCGCGGAACCAUGCGCCGCAACCGCCGCGCAAGAAGACCGCCCAACGGACGAUCGCGCGCACGCCCCAAGGCCUACAAACGGCCAAUUUCCAGGGCCGCACCACCCACCGCGUCCUGGGCAACACGAUCCGCGCCCUGAAAGAGCUGCAGGAGACGCUCAGCAACGCAUUCCUGCAGGGCGGGGAUGAUGUCUAAGCCGCCGCUUAAGCCGAGUUCAGCGGCCGUGCGCGCGCACUUUGGCGGCAGUGGAGUCGACGCGACUCCGAAAAUAAUUACCGAGCGCGCACGGCCGCCUCCCAAUCGUCGUGCGAAAAUCCGCACAAAGCAGUUCAGCUACUCAAGUCGGACAACGCGCACGCGCCCCCUUAAUAUCAGCAAUUUUAAAACAUCUUUUUUAACUGUGUCAUCCAAAAUAUACUUUGAAUAUAUGAGCAAACUAUUAAGCAAAAUACAUAAAAAUUGAAAACCAACGUGUUUCCUUAGAGCGGAAAGAAACUGUGUGUGUGCAAGGUGAGUGCGAAAGGCAACCAUUGGAAGUAUUCAGGG